UUGACCUAAACCCGACUCAGGGAAGUGAAAAAAAAAACCUCUUCUCCUUAUCUCGCACAACUUACCUCUCCUUCCUCCUCAACCUCACCACCACGAAGAAGAACUCGAAGAACCCUGGAUUGGGUCGAUUCCCUAAGCUACAUAGGGGGGAUUUAAUCUUCCAUUGUUGUUAAUUUAAGUCUGCUCCUCUUUCGUAACCCUUUCAAUACCUUGUUUUGAUCUUCAAUCUCUGAUAACUCCCUGAAACCAACCCAAUUUACUACCAUGAUUAAUCCUAUUAUCUCUGCACACCAUCCCCCAAACCUGCCAUAAAACUCUGGUUUUAGACCAUUUUUUAUAGCCUAAUAGAAACCACCCUUGUUCUGUCCAGGACUCCCAUAAACCUUUGUUUUGGAUUGUGUUCAGAAAUUGAUGCUCAAGAUUGAUUUCAGGAUCAGCUUGAAAUUUAACUUUUCAAAGCACAACUGGUUGAUUUUCCAUCUGAAACUGGUUGUGUUUCCUCUUCUGUUCAUUUUGGGCGGAAGUAGGAUUAGGGUUCUCGGCUAAAAGUGAUAUCUGUCCGUACCCACCAUUGUUCUGAGGAGGUGCUCCAGGGAAAAGGGUUCUUGGUGUGGUGUGGGGGCCUUCUGGUGAUAAGUUCUCUGGAGAGCUCAAGUAUUGAAAGAGUAAACAAUGGCAGAUUCUUAUUCUGUUAACAGCCCAAGAAGAACUCUGAGUCUUUCAAAGAGGGCAACAGUGUCUUUUACAGAUCCUGAGGACAAGGUUCCUGGAUUUGCAGUAUCCGAGGAACAUGGCCCAAAGCCUUCUGAGGUUUAUGGCUUCGUAGGGUCCAUUACAACUGUUGUCGCUACAGUUAUUUUCUUGGGAUGGGCAUAUGUUCCUGAACCAUGGCUACAUUCUAUAGGAAUCACAUACUAUCCUAGCAGGUAUUGGGCAUUGGCAGUGCCAGUAUACGCUAUGGUUACAGUAGUAUUAGCCAUGGUACUUUACCUUGGUCUGAACUUCAUGGCAACAACCCCUCCAACUUCAUUGAACACAAUAUUUGAUGAGUACAGUAGAUCACGUUCAAGCUUCAUGCCUUAUGUGACAGAAGACGAGCGUCCAAUUGAACCAAUAUUUGAUUUGGACAUCAGCCAAGUAAAUGAUCUCAUGUUCAAUUCUGCAAAUUGAUCAGUUGUAAUUUGGUAUUUAUGGUUUAUAUUUCCCUCUUUUUAUCACUCCAACAUUAUAAUAAUUUCUUUUCCGUCUUGUCCCUUGUGUGAGACAACCUUUAUGAGUUGAUUAUUGACACCAGUAUAUGUAUUUGGAUAAAGUUCUUUAGGUGUGCAAACACCACUAAAAUGCAUAAAUUUUCGAUUA